AUGUGCACCACCUACCUUAGGCAGGAGCUGACCAAAGAAGACCUGGGAAAGACUUUGGCUGAGUUAGGUCUGGCACUUAGUUCCACUUUAAUUGUAGCUGUGGUAAGUUUAAGAUCAAUAUUAGGUUGUUUUUUAAAACAUUCAUCCAUUGAAAAGAGUGAAUAUUUGUCUCAUGUGAACCUAGCACAUGGCUUGGCCUACCAAUGAGUUCUGUUUAACCCUUUAGCUCCCAGAGGUGAUGGGCUUGUAACUUCUCCCUAAAAAAUAUCCAUACAUUGUCCAGCAAACAGGUAAUGAGAAAUUACUCAAAGUUAUCAGCUAGAAGUUGCCAUGUUGAUCAAACACCAAAUUCUCAUCAAUCAUUUAAAAGGAAAUGUGUGGCAGCUAGAAAGGAGAAUUAAUAAUUAGAUCUUGGGAGUUAAAGGUUACUUUUUGUAACUUAGUUUUAGGUAAUUGAAGUUGAAACUUUAGGAAAUCAAAGCAGGGUUGUGUUUUAGGAAAACUUGGGUGCCACAUGCAACCAACUUUAGCUUUCUUCUCCUUCAUUCCCAAUGAAUGUUCAAUCUUUUUUGUUUUUUCUUGUUAUUUUAAUUGGUUAAUUAUAAUUGUGUUUGUGAGAAAUGUUUCCUUAAAUUCUUUGAGUGAAUUUCCACAUUCCCCCCCCCUAUCAUUUGAAGAAAUUUCCCAAAACUUAAAGACAUAAGUAAGCAGUUUACUGAACUGUCAUUUUACAGAAAGGUAGUAAUUCCCUCACUCCAUCUGGGACUUCAUCAUUCCCUGAACUGUUGUUAUGGAUUUUUUCACCUCUGCUCACAUCGAUUAACUUCCUGAAGGCUUUCCUAUUUGAUAGUGUGGAUCAGUCUAGAGGGACACAGAAUCCUCCUUCACAGAGAACAAACAGCAGCACACAGUCACAACCAUCAAAGUGAGUCUCUUUUUUGUUGUUUGCCUUUUGUAAACAGCUGCAUAGUUUGUUGUUCAACUUUAUCAAACUAGUUUGGUUGUUUGCUUGUUGGUGUUAAGAAUGAAUUUUUUUCUGAAAAGCCAUAAUAGAAAAAGCAAAAAAUAUUCCCUGAUAUUAAAGUAAGUUUGAAGAAUUUGAUUUACAAUCAAUUUUAUUGUCCAUUGUUUUUUUUUUUUUGCUUGAUGUUAGAUAGAUGAAAGUUUUAGAGAAUUAAACAGCUUGUGAAUGCUUGAAAGUGCACAUAUUUUUCCACUGGUGUCUCAAGACUGAUAUUCAAUGAUCACAAUUUGAAAAUAAAACAAAGAUGGUCUCUUGUUUUAUAUUGUUGUUUUCAGUGAGCAGUGAGUAGAAUAUUGCUUUUUGUGAAUUUGGGGUCAUAGGCUUUUUUUUUUUGACAAGAAAAACAUGGCCAAAAUAAUAAUUGUAAUGAAAUAAACAGACUCUUAGUCAAAUUCAAAGUCAUGAACAACAUCUAAACUCCUUCCUUCAUAAGGAUACAUGCCAAUCUUUCUUGCUGAUUUUAUUUUCAUGGCAGUUCAGCUGUACGUCAUAGAGUCCCAGGUGGUGUUUCAUCUGUAAAGAAAGAAGGUGGAAUUCACUGGCUUCACAACAGAGAUGAUGAAGAUAACGACAAUAACACAUGGAAUGGAAACUCUAUUCAACAGAUGUAA